UUCAUCGGACUCAAAACGAAUUUAUCGGUAGCUCUCCUGAACAAUAUAUCUUCAACCACAAUUCUGAUCUUGAGAAAUUUCCCCAGAUCAACAAAAAAUGGAGGCAAUUAUCAACAAGUUCGAGACCGUUCUCGGCGGUGUCAACUCUACCGGAAAGUCGGUUCUGCUGCUCGGUGCUGGUUUCGUUACCCGCCCAACUGCUGAGAUCCUCGGCAAGUCUGGCGUCAAGGUUGUCGUUGCUUGCAGGACGAUCGAGAAGGCACAGGCUCUGGCCAAGGGCAUUCCCAACGCCCAGGCGAUCAGCCUAGACGUCAACGAUGCUGAGGCCCUCGACGCUGAGGUCGCCAACGUCAACGUCGUUAUCUCCUUGAUCCCCUACACCUUCCACGCAACCGUCAUCAAGUCGGCCAUCCGCAAAAAGAAGGAUGUUGUCACAACCUCAUACGUCUCGCCCGCGAUGAUGGAGCUCGACGCUGAGGCUAAGGAGGCCGGCAUCACCGUCAUGAACGAGAUUGGUCUUGACCCCGGUAUCGACCACCUGUCUGCCGUUAUUACCAUCGACGAUGUCCACAAAGAGGGCGGCAAGAUCCUCUCCUUCAAGUCAUACUGCGGCGGUCUUCCCGCGCCUGAGUCUUCUGACAACCCACUCGGGUACAAAUUCUCGUGGAGCUCCCGUGGUGUCUUGCUGGCGCUGAGGAACGCUGCCAAGUACUGGGAGGACGGCAAGGUCAAGGAGGUUGAGGGUCCUGAGCUCAUGGCUGAGGCCAAGCCCUACUUCAUCUACCCCGGCUACGCUUUCGUCGCCUACCCCAACCGUGACUCUACUCCCUACAAGGAGCGCUACAACAUCCCCGAGGCCCAGACCAUCGUCCGUGGUACCCUCCGCUACCAGGGCUUCCCAGAGUACAUCAAGACCCUUGUCGACAUUGGCUUCCUUGUUGAGGACGAGAAGGACUUCCUCAAGGAGGGUGAGCAGCGCACAUGGAAGGAUGCCGCAGCCAAGAUCGUUGGCGCAUCAAGCGACAAGAAGGAGGACAUCGUCUGGGCCAUCAGCUCGCGACACAAGUUCCCCUCUACCGAGGAGAAGGAGCGCAUCAUCGCCGGCCUGGAGUGGAUCGGUCUCUUCUCCGACGAGAAGAUUAUCCCCCGCGGCAACCCGCUCGACACUCUCUGCGCUACCCUCGAGAAAAAGAUGCAGUACGAGGAGGGCGAGCGCGACUUCGUCAUGCUCCAGCACAAGUUCGAGAUCGAGAACAAGGACGGCAGCAGGGUUAUCCGCACAUCCACCCUCGCUGACUACGGUGACCCUAAGGGCUACUCUUCCAUGGCCAAGUUGGUCGGUGUUCCUUGCGCGGUUGCCGUCCAGCAGGUUCUUGAUGGCACAAUCAAGGAGAAGGGUAUUCUUGCGCCUAUGGAUCCUGCCAUCUGCAGGCCGCUGUUGAAGGUUCUGGAGGACAAGUACAACAUCCACUUCAGGGAGAAGACUGUUGCUGCUUAAGUCAGUGUGCUCCAAUGAGACGUGUUUGGAAUCAUAGAAUGAAGAUUUCAAGGGUAUCAGUAGUGUAGACAAAAGCACCUCACAUUCACGCC